GAUUUGAUCAAAGAACACUGGUGGAACAGCCCCAAAAUGCCUGCUCUCAGUCUGGUUGCCCUGGUCAGCUUGGUGUCCACUGUUUUUGCCAGGCAGCUGGACGCUCACCCUCCCCAGCAACAGCACAGGCACUGGGCACAGAUCUGCAGUGGGAAUCCCACAAACAGAAUCCGGGGCUGCGACCGAUACGGCUGCGGGCACUUUGGUGCUGACAGGCACAGUGGCAAGGGGAAGCACGGGGGGGUGGACGUGAUCUGCGCCGACGGAGCGACGGUGUACGCCCCCUUCAGUGGGCAGCUCUCUGGACCCAUCCGCUUCUUCCACAAUGGAAAUGCCAUCGAUGAUGGAGUCCAGAUCAGGGGAGCAGAUUACUGUGUGAAGCUGGUCUGCAUUCACCCCAUCCGGUACCACGGCCAAAUCCAGAGAGGGCAGCAGCUGGGGAGAAUGCUGCCCAUGCAGAAAGUGUUUCCUGGCAUUGUCUCCCACAUCCACGUUGAGAACUGCGACCACUCCGACCCCACUCAUCUGCUCACGCCUGUUGUUCCACCACUCCCACAACAAGACAGAAGAUGGGCAACAAUAUGCUCUGGGAAUCCUACAAAUGAGAUAAGAGGCUGUGACAAGUAUGGCUGCGGGUACUACGGAGCUCCAAGACGCAAUGGUAAAGGAAAGCACAAGGGGGUGGAUGUCAUCUGUGCUGAUGGAGCAACUGUCUAUGCUCCCUUCUCUGGAGAGCUCUCUGGACCCAUUAAGUUCUUCCACAAUGGAAAUGCCAUUGAUGAUGGAGUCCAAAUCAGAGGACCAGGCUCCUGUGUAAAACUACUCUGCAUCCAUCCCAUCAAAUACCAGGGCAGAAUUUCUAAGGGACAAGUCCUUGGGAGAAUGCUGCCAAUGCAGAGGGUAUUUCCUGGGAUCACAUCUCACAUUCACGUCGAGAACUGCGAUCACUCGGAUCCUACCAGCAGCCUGGAAAGGGGGAAAGGGCAAAGAGAGUGA